AAGUUGCAGUAGGAAGACACCGAAGAUGAUAGACUAUAAAGUUGUCCCACAUCCUUCUCUGGGACACACAGAGGAGGAGGAGGAGGAGGAGGACAACGAGCAGCGAGAAGCGCUCUUGAGUGGCAUCAAGAGAGUAAUUGAUCAUCCUAAGCUGUUGGAUGUCACAUUUGUGUGCGAGGACCUGCGCGAGGUGCGAGCAAACCGAACGCUGUUGGCGGGUGGGAGCGCGUACUUUUUAGAUCUGCUGUAUGGAGACAAGGAAGAGAGCUGCAUGGGCACGAUACUUCUCCCGACCGUGAGGGCUGACGGCCUCCAGGUUCUUGUCAGAUACCUUCAUGGUUGUCCCUUCCGAUGGAGCGACGACAGCUCCUGGGACAUUAUGGUGGACGCCUACCUCUUAGCGGACCGGUAUCGGGUAAAGGGGUUGUGCAAGAGAAUCUUACGCUUGGUACCGACGCUGGGAUAUCCGGCGGAGCUAGGGGACCUGCUGAACGCAGCGGUUCCAAGACAUGCAACAACUAUUCUAAAGGCUGCCGUGGAGGUAUUGAACGACGUGGUCGCAUUCGACUCACAGUCGUUCGUAGGUUGGGCAAAGGAUAGCAUCAAGUACUGCCUGGAGAACGUGGCAUUCCAUCCGAGCGUAACUGAGACGAUCCUCGCGGAGGCAGUCAUCUCAGCUGCGUCGGGUAGUGUUCUUAGUGAUGCACAGGAAGUCAAGUGUCGGCGUUCGUCAGCGGCAGGCGACGCCAUGGAAAAGUCGUUUGAGCACCCCCUCGAUGCUGUGGGAGUGGGUACUACUAGUCCGUAUGGCGACAACGGGGGGGUUGAUCUUGAUCGAGAGGAGGUAGGUUCCUUGUCGAUAGAGGAUGUGGGUGAGGUACUGAAAAGUCACAUUAAUCUGGCUUUUGUGAGCCCUAUAUUGCUGAGGGAGAGAGUCGAGGACCUGGGGAUCUUGAGCGCAGACAUACUUGCUGCAGUCUACAGUGUGCAAUCCGUCUGUUUUGCAAGAGGAAUGGCUUCCACUGCGUUCUUUGCGAUGCCUUGGCGCUCCUUGACUGUCGUAGGGUCAUCGAUCGCACCACUUGAAACGGAAGAAAGCAGGAUUUGCAGUUUCUACAGAGAGUUUUCCGUCCCAUCCAUCUUGUCUCAGUCUUUCUUUGGGGCCGGCUUCAAGAGAUCGCCGGAGCAACCACAACAAGUGUGGUGCUGCAGAAAGGACAUGGCAAUGCUUGUUUAUUUGUGGGUGUUGCUUCGUCCGGGGAAACACAUAUGGAUGGCCCGCAUGCUCAACAAAUGCGAUCACUUUGGUGUCGGGAUCUCCACCGUAGGUCUAUUGCCGGGUAAAUGCUGCAUGAUGACCUGUGUGGGUACCUCCUUGUGUUCAUCGCCUACCGACUUCUGUUCGCCAUUUAUUUCAAAAUCUGGGUUUAAGAAGUUUGACAAGCCCGGAUCGACAGUGAUAGUGAUCUUCGACCAGUGCAACGGAACUCUUACGUUCGCCAAUGAUUUGGAAACGUACCGCAAUUAUGAGGGGGAGUACCCAGUCGCCUACACUGGCAUCCCUCAGUCCACGGCUAUGUAUCCGGCCUUGUCGAUGCUUGCGCCCGCCGGUGGGGAGAUAGAAUGGAUUGAGAGUUCUGCACGCCCAGAAUUUGCGCGGCAGCGCUAGGUUAAAGAUUCUCCCGUAAACAACCACCCACGAGUACAUACAUCCGCGCCUCAUUUUGCCACCAAC